AAUAGAAGGAUGGAGUGGGCGUCACGAGCGACAAAGGUAUAAAGCGACCAACUCACCAAACACAAGCAUAGGCCACCCGACAUCUCCAGGCCACCCCAUACCUCUCGGGUUGUGUAUGUCCUCGUACAACCACAGGAAAGAAGUAUGAUUUGUUGGCAAGCAUUUUCAACCUUGGCCUUGCUCCUGCUGCUGCGGCUGGGGGCUGAUGCCCAGGACAAGCUGCCCCCACCCAGGUACAGACAGAGAGACGAUGACAUAGCGGAGCUCCGCAAGUUUGUCAACCCCAGUUGUAUCUGGGUGGAGCUGCCAGACAACAAGAAGUAUGCUCAGUUGGUGGCCUUCUUCCCCAACGGGUACGUGCAGGUGUGGGAGACGACGAUGAACAUGAACUGCCCACCCGAACAGGAGUGGAGUAACGCGCGCUGUGGUUGUGUGGACAUUGGCAAGACCUACACUGUUCCUCCCGGCUCCAGCGCUCUUCAUCCCUGCAACUACCUCGCUAACCUACAGUACGACGCCGAUGUGGGUAACUACACCAACAAUGUUGGCUUCGUCUCCGAUGGACCCGGCGAUGCCAGAGCCGACCUCGGAGGCUUGACCAUCAAGGACAGUAACUCUGACAAAGGCUACGCGCUGCGUCUGGACGGCUCGCCCCUUGGCUUCCAGAAGUUCGCCAGCAACGACCUGCAAGGUAACUGGCGGGGGGUCAUCAAGGUGAGACCGGACUCUCGUUCUCCCAUGACCUUGUUGUCAGACGACUGCACGGAGGUGAAGAAGUCGGACACCCUGAAAGACGACGAGAAGGACAAGUGGAAGCCCUCCAUCACCAUGAUCCUGGGCUCAAACCUGGACAUCACGCUCCGCUUCACCAACGAGACCAAACAGCUGUCCUGUCCCAUCAAGUCUACUGGACGUGGCUGGAACGAGAUUAAAAUGGAGAGUGUCAACUCAGCAGUCACCAUCACACUCGAUGGCGAAAAUUGCGCCAGCGUCAAACCAGGAAAUCCCCUUCAGAGGACGGAGUGCCGCUGUAUCUGGGAGGCAGACCGGGGAUUCGACUCAGAAAUUCAGUGGCGCCGUGGAAUAUUUCCGAUUCCUCAAGAAUCCAGAAACCUGCGAACAGUGAAUCCUCUUUAUCGUCAUACCCGACAUCGACCUUUCAUCCCCUCGCCCUCUGCAUAAUUGUGAUGCCAAAGGAUAAGACAACACAGCUUUAGUGAUUAAGUGCCCUUAGCUCGGAGUCGUCUCUCAUGCCGUUACGGUUAGCUCCCUUUGCGAUGUAUGCGGCAGCAGUUAUCGCCCGCUUGCCAUGACAUGUCAAGGCAUGAACAAGGAGACAAGUGAACACAUCCUACAACUGAAUGCAACAUGGCGACCAACGACAUUCAAAUGUCUCUACUGACGAUAUUCAACUCUCAAUGUCAAAACUGUAAAAGAAUGUAUAAAAAUAUUUUUUGUCAUACUCAGGCUUUUUCCAUCCGUCGUGUUUCUCUUAUUCUCUUCAUCUUUUAUCUUUAGGAAUCUACUCUGCCUUUCGGUCAGCUCGGUCUAUGAACUCCCCCUGUUCUUCUUGAAUCUUGAAUAUUUAUUAUUCCGGUGGUGUAUGCUGGUCAAUAAAAAAUAACAUUGUCGAUGCUAAAA